AUGACGAACAAGGUCUCUCUCCAUAUCGACCUCUUGGGACCUAUCAUCGACUGUCUUGGGGAGGAGGCUCGACCUGACGAUGUCCCUUCCACAUCUUUGGCGUUCCAAAGUCUUUUGGCCUGUUCCCUGGUAUGCAAGGCUGCCCUGCACCCGUCGAGAACGCACAUUUUCUACCGAAUCAGUAUUGGGGAUACACGAAAGAAGCCAUCGUGUCCUUCCCUUCGCCAUUACCUCCAGGGGUCUAUCGAUAUCCUACAAUCCCACCCCCACCUCGUGCCAUACAUCCAACGGCUCACCCUUGACGGCGUGGACAUUUUGAUUGGGGACUACUACACCAGGGAGAGCAGCGACAGGUCCGGGCGGACUACGACGUUCAACGAGCUGUUCCCCUCAUUUCUUCGAACCCUGACCCACCUUCGUUCUCUCCAAUUCAAGAGCUUUGGUGGAGAUUCAUGGCGGUUCUCGCCACAAGAGUGGGAUAUGACGGAUGCCGGUGUGCGAGCUGCGUUAGUGGACUGUCUGACCCGUCGCGAAGGAAAUCUGCUUAGGGAAGUCGAACUAGAAUCCUUCUCAGGCAUACCCGCCCUCGUGCUAAGAAAGCUCUCGCCGACCGUCCGUCGUCUACACCUUGACUGCGUCAGCUUCGCAGACGACGACGUGGACGCUGAUGGUGGGCGACACAGCAUCAUUGGCGAUAGAGACGACGAAUCAUCGGCCCCAGACCAACCGGUAGCGCUUGAUUCCCUGGUCAUCGGAGACGGAAACAUCCCCGCGCAAAUUCUAAGCUCAGGGUUAAAUUUGUCACGGCUCAAGAGCGUUGACCUGGUGAUAGAACGCCAGCUGGACGAUGAAGCGGCUUUCAAAAUCCUCUCGAUGUCUCAAGAUACCCUUACCGAGGUGGGAUUGACCUAUGAACCAUUUAUCGACGGCGUGACCCACGUUUACGCAUCCCCGGUUUACAACGGGACGUACAUUACUCCCAUCAGGCUUCCUAACCUCCUCAAGCUCAAUUUUACGUUCAGUAUGAGUCGACCCAAUCCAGACCACCCGCACGAGCCAGCCAGGAACGUUCCCCCCUGUACACCAACUGUGCUGAAGUACAUUCACAGCUUCAUUUCCCAACAACCCAAUCUUCGAGAGCUUACUUUGACAUUCACCGUGUUCGAGACGUACCCAACUCCGGGUCGCCGGUUCUUUGAGUCAAAGGGACAGAACCCUCAGUGGGCAAUUCUCGAUGAUCUUCUGGCAGACUGUCAAAAGCUACCUGCGUUGAAACGCAUCGCGAUCGUCCCACAGGUUUCCAUCCGUCUUGACGGAUAUUGGGAUGCUGUCAUGGGGUUUGAAGCAGAACCGCCCAGUCAGGACGAAGUAUACUAUGAUAGGCGGGCAGAGAAUGAAGUCAUAGAGAUUUUCUCAGUUUCGAAGGAGAGGAUGGAGAGGAUGGAGAGGACCGGGGGAGCAUUCACAUGUACAGUCAAGAGGGCAUAUGCUCGAAGAGACUAA